AUGAAUGUUCAGCUGAUCUCCUCCAAAGUCCCCAAGGCAGAGUACGUUCCCACCAUCAUCCGCAGGGAUGACCCCUCAAUCAUCCCCAUCCUCUAUGACCAUGAACAUGCUACGUUUGAUGAUAUCCUCGAGGAGAUUGACAAGAAGUUAACAGCCUACAGGAGAGGCAGCAGAAUCUGGAGGAUGCUCAUUUUCUGUCAGGGAGGUCCAGGGCAUCUGUACCUGUUGAAGAAUAAAGUGGCCACAUUCGCCAAGGUGGAGAAAGAGGAGGACAUGAGUCAGUUCUGGAGGAGGCUGAGUCGGUUUAUGAGCAAAGUGAACCCUGAACCCAACCUCAUCCACAUUAUGGGCUGCUACGUCCUGGGAAACCCCAAUGGAGAGAAGCUGUUCCAGAAGCUAAAGAACCUGAUGAGGCCUUACUCCAUCCAAUUUGAGUCACCACUGGAGCUGUCCGCACAGGGAAAAGAGAUGAUUGAGAUGUACUUCGGCUUCCGUCUCUUCCGCCUGUGGAAAACCCAGCACUCCAAGCUGCUGGACUAUGAAGAUCUAUUGUGACGGGGCUCCACGUGAAGUCAACCCUGUAGCAUACAUACAGUCUGGGGCAGGAGGACCCACUGAACACCACUGCUCAACACAACUGGAACACCCAUCAUACCUGCUUUCAUCCAGGAGAGGGCUGGGAGAGGUGGAAGAGGAGAAGAGGGAGAGGAGUGAUAGAGAGAAUGAAGAGGAGGAGGAGGAUGAAGGGUGACAUAGCAGCUUUCACUGCGCUGUGUGCCUCACCCAUUACUUAUUUCAACCCUCCUUCACCUCCUAC